UCCUGCCCCAAAACACCCAACAACAGUGAAAGUAUUGUCUCGUUUAACAGAAGAACACCCUGAAUACCUCGAAGCACAAUUUAUUAAACAUGAAAAAAUGAAUGAAAAUCUCAAACAAAUAUAUGUGCAGUCUAAAAUGGCACUUCCUCAGAUUUCAGCUGAUAAACCCUUACCACAACAAAGAGGUAUGGCAGAAGAGACAGAGCUUGGUGCCAUGGAAACUAAGUAUGUUGUUCGUAAAGGCAGAGUUAAUCUCAAGAAUGUCUUAAGCUUUUUGAAUAGCCACCAGUUGAAUCCGAAAGAAGUUACAGCAGAGAAAAUUGCCCAGGAAAUGAAACUAGAUCAAACUCAGGUAGAAAAUGUGCUUAAAUAUUUUAGAAUUUUUCACUUGCACAUACCCAAAGAAAUGUUUGAGAAAAAUCGCAAAUUUGGGAAGCUGUAUAAGCAACAAAUAGCUGCAGCUGAGAAAAAUCCUUUGAGUUUUCGGUUACCAGGUGACAUGCUGAGAGACUCACUAAAAUUGGGACAAAAUGACUCAAAAUUGAAAGAAGUAAAGAGUGAAAAUUUGGAUCUUCCUAAAACUUGAGUAUGUAAAACAUAGAAUGUUGUUUAAGUGCUAUUAACAAACUGGAAAUUCUCAUGUUUAUGUUAAAUAUAUUUACUUACUAAAAUACUGUUAAGGAAUUAGUGAAUUGUCAUAUUACCUGACUAUUAAUAUAUUUAAAUGGUAGGAAUUGAAACAAGAAUAAAUAACAAACAAAACUGUAGAUUAUUUUGCUAAUUUAUU